GAGUACACCGGGCGCUCUGAUUGGUUUCCUGCAGCUGAUUGUUGUUCUACAAGAGAAUUCAAACGAAAGGGAAGCAAAGCGAAAGGAAAAAAGCGAUGGCAGAGGGUAAGUCAAGGCUACCCCGGUUGAAGCAAUGCCUGAUCAGGCGGAUGGGACAAAAGGAACAGCAUGGGGUGGCUGCUUCCACCCUCCAGGAACUGAAGAUGAAAGCCUGCAAUCUGCUAGCAAUUGACUUGGCCUCCCAGCCUGUCACUCUGGUAUUGGCUGAAGACGGCACCAUAAUAGAUGACAACGAUUACUUUUUGUGUCUGCCCCAAAACACCAAAUUUGGGGUGGUAGCCAAGAAUGAGAAAUGGACCAGCACAGGUGAGGGCACAACUUGGUUAGGGGAAGAAAUCACAAACACGAAUGAAGUGGACAGCAGUGGAGAGAAAUGGAAGGUUUUGGCCAGACAAUUGAAAAACAACCUGUCUACCAUCGUACUGAUGUCCGAAGAAGACCUCCAGGCACUCGUUGAGGUACCGUGUUCAGAUCUGGCUCGGGAACUUUCGGAGAAUCAGCUCCAAACCCAAAAGUUACAAGCGACCCUUCAGGAGACUCUGGAUAGGCGGGAAGAGGAGCGACGAUCCCGUCAGCUUCUGGAACUUUACCUGCAGGCAAUAAAAAAGGAGGAUGAGGCUACAUCCACAGCACAAGCAUCAGAAGCGGAGGAAAAAUCCGAGGGAGGAAACGAUACCGUGGACAUGGGGAGCAGCCGACCAAUUUCAGUCGAAAGGACUCGGUUGAAUGUCCGCGUCGUUACUCUGCUGAAAGAAAAGCCUGCCCCAGAGCUCAGCCUGGCCAGUCAAGAUUUAGAGCUGGUUUGCAAAGAAGAUUCAGAAGCUCUUUCUCAGGCCCUACGCUGGGACAAACGCAAGACCGAAGCCUUACAGGAGGCGUGCGGGCAGGAGCUUUCAAGACGAGGGCAACAAUUUCACUCUCUAAAUUCACUGAGGAGCAUCUCCAAAGGAAAGAAAAAACUACCAGAGCCUGGGGAACGGUCGAGUUCUAAACGCAGGAAGUAAAAAGCCCUGGAAGUCGGGAAUUUUUGAUGGAUGAAUCGCCUUUUUGGGUUUCCUGAAUGGUAAAAUGUCAUCUCUUUUCCAGCCAACCAACGAAAUAUAAAAGCAAAAGGCAACUGACUUUGUCGUAUCACAUUUCACCAAACUAUUUAUUUAUAGGAAGUGCUAGUCCAAGACAAAAAGUAUUUUACCUUUUUAACCUUCGAAGAUUUAUGGUGUAGAUUGAAGUACAAAGCCAGUAAUGGUGUUUUGAAUAAGGCCCUUUCUUUGAUGCUUAAAGGUAGGACUAUGUAGCUGCCAAGAUGCAGAAUUUUAACAAAGGACCUGCUUUUAAAUUAUUGUUAAUUUUAUAGGGAUUAUAUAUAUAUAAAAGUAUCUGGAGCAUGUGGCUUUGAAUAUGAACAGCUGAUAAUGGAUGUAGGGCUAUGGGACACACUCUAUUAUGUUAAUGAUUAAUUUUUUGGGGGGGGGAAACCCAUUUAUAUUUAAGAAGUAAAGGCUUUGUAUUAUUGGCUACCAUUUUGACUGCUGAUUGAGCAAUUAAACUUCAAUAUUACA